CAGCCUCCAGCCCCGACUCACGCGCCCAGGCAGUCCCCUGUGCACAGUCCCCGACCCACGGCACACGGGCCCGACAAACCCCGGCGCACAGGCUACGACAACCCCAGGCACACAGGCCUUGGUAACCUAUCCAGCACAGAAAGAGAAGAAACAGAUCAGAAUAUUUGCCGACUUGCUUUGGAAUGGCGUUGAUACAAACAGAAUGUUUAAAACAAAAGUUCGAGCAUCGUCAAGUCCAGCACAGUAAGGAAAGCCUCUGAGAACGUCAACUCGUCCCCUGACAACACGACGGAGCUGGUCAUCUUUCAUGUCGGCUCAAACGACAUGGACAACACAAGAGCACGAUCAGACAGUGUGAAGAUUUGUACAGAGGAAACUCGCAAAUUGAUCAACAAUACAAAAAAAAUCAUUCCCAAAUGCAACAAUAGCAAUGUCUCAAGUCCUCCCAAGAGGGAUGCAUAUGGAUUCCACACUCAACAAGAACAUUGCCAUGUACAACGAUAACGUCGAGAAACUAUGUCUGGAAGAUGACCGACUAUUCUACAUCAGGCAUCGGCUGUUGUCACAGGAACGGUCGCUGUACAAACCAGACAGGAUCCACAUCACCCCUGACGCUGGCGUGAGUCUGUUAGUGGCUGACGUGAAGCGCACGCUGCGCCAUCACGAGCAGUCCGUCACCGACACGAGCAGACAACACUCGAGCCGCAGCGGGCAGCAGACCAGACCACUCAGGAAAACAUCGAGGGAAAACACCGUGACCUACAUGCAGUCCGACCGGUACGCUCCCCCGAGCCGCUUCUCACAAGCCCAUCGGAAUCCGGCACCGUUGCUCCCGUGGAACCAGUCACCCCCAGCUCCUCAGCGAAGAUCCCACUGGAACGAACGGCAGGGGUCGAGAUGGAGUGAGGCACAGGACAAGCGCCAUGCAAUAGAAACGCUGAUGAACAUGAUGAAAGACUUCCUUAGUCAUUGAACGGACACUUGAAGGAGACGGUCACUGACAGUAACAGUAAAUGGACAAGAAGAGGUUACUGAGGUAACGUGUUCAUCUCUUUAUGUAUACAACAUAAUAGUGCCUAAAUGAUUAACCAUAAACCAUAAACCCUGUCUGUAUUAGUAUAAUUCAUACAGGUACCUGUAGGUGUGAUACAUUUUAUAUGAAACAUUCGAUUAAGCUGUAUCAACUCACUUGACACACAAUGCAACCACGCUCUUAUUGUUUAAUUUCUCAUAUUCGCUGUUUUGACUCGACAAUGUCUGCUCAAAGAGUAGCACUUAGAUUCUGCUCUUGGAACGUUCAAGGUGGUCUUCGGAGGAAAUGUUUAGAUGUAGAGUUUGUUUCUAGUUUAGAAAAUUAUGAUUUUAUUUGCCUCCAAGAGACUUGGCUUAAACCAGGGGAUAAUUGUAGUAUAGAAUCCUUUAGUUACUUUAGGAGUGAUAGAGACGCCAAAAAGACCGCCAAACGAAAUUCCGGCGGAGUAGUUAUAAUGUUUAGAAACAAAUUUACCAAAGGUAUUACAAAAUUGCCAUCAAGACACCCGGACUUUCUUUGGUGUAAGUUAGACAAGGCAUUCUUCGGCCUAGAACAGGACCUAUUUGUCGGGUGUAUGUACUUUUCUCCGGAAAACUCGUCGUCCCUAGAAAACAAAAACAACUCCCUAUUUGAUAUACUACAAGAAGACAUAUGUAAAUUUUCCAACCAGGGAAAUGUAAUGCUGCUGGGUGAUUUAAACGCCAAAACAGCGUCCCUACAAGAAACAAUCAUUCACGAUGACAGCCUGAAUCACGACAAAAUAGACUUAUUAGAAAACAUACCUCCCAGGUCGAGCUGUGACAAAGGGGUAAAUAAAUAUGGAAAUAAUCUAAUUGAUCUCUGUUCAGCAGCCAACAUGGUUAUUCUAAAUUGACGGGUCCCAGGAGACCUAUCCGGUAAAUUUACCUGUCACAAGUAUAACGGAUCGAGUGUGGUUGACUACUUCAUUGUUAGCACUGAAUUCCUUCCAAAAGUCCAAUAUUUUAAAGUGAACGAUCUUUCAGUGUUCUCAGACCAUUGUUUGCUAACUUGCUCAAUUUUCGCAAAUUAUUCACCGUAUAUCAAACAAAUUCAAACCCCAGCACGUCCUCUACCAACUAAGUAUAUCUGGGAUGAUCACUCAAAAGCGAAGUUCUCAGAAACUCUCCAAGAUCCAUUGACAGUAAAUGACAUACAAAAUUUUAUGGAUAAAUCGUUCUGCAAUGUAAACAGUGCUGUAAAGGAAUUUGCCGGUAUAAUCACAGAUGUGGCCGACAAAUCCCUACGAAAAAUCACUCCCAGAAACAAUAGGAAAAAGAAAAAGAAAUGCAAACCAUGGUAUACCUUAGAAUGCACCUCUUUGAAACGCAAAAUCAAUAACUUAGCUUCCCAGUUCUCAAAAUGCCCAUGGAGAUUAGAUAUACGCCAUUCAUACUUCUGCAAUCUAAAGGUUUACAAGAAGAAAAUCAAAACAGAAAAGAAGCUUUACAAAGAAAGGCAAUGGCACAAAUUAAGUAAGCUCAGUAAAGAAAACCCUCAAAAAUUCUGGAGAGAAUUGAAGAUACAUAAGCACGUGCACGAGGAAGGUGAUAAACAGAACGUGGAUGAAAAUAUUAGCCCCGAAGAGUGGAGAACACAUUUCAAAAAUCUAAACGAUCUCAUUGAAAGUAAUGAAUCAGAUAAAGAUUUCCACCGACAUGUCUCACACGUAAACCCGGAGCUUUUCCAGACGACAAACAAAACUACCGAUACACAUGCUUCCAAUAAUGAACCGACAGACAACAUUACAGACAACAUUAUACGCACGUUAGAGAACGCGACGGAAAAACCUCUAGACUUUGACAUCUCACUUGAAGAAAUUUUAGAGGGAUUGAGCAAACCGAGACGCAACAAAGCGUGUAGAACAAAUGCCGUCAUAAAUGAAAUGUUAAAAUAUAACAGUACACAACUUAUAUCUCCACUAAGGAAACUCUUUAAUAUUGUUUUGAACUCUGGAAACUUCCCACACCAAUGGAGCCAAAGUAUUCUCGUACCUAUCCACAAAAGUGGUAAUUUAUCGAACUCCUCAAAUUAUAGAGGAAUUGCCAUUUCUAGCUGUAUUGGAAAACUAUUUACACUAAUUCUGAGCAAUCGUUUACAGCAACUUCUAGAAAAUGAUAACAUACUGUCCCCUUUUCAAUCUGGAUUUCAAAAAGACUUUCGGACCAGUGAUAAUAUCUUUGUAUUGAAAACGCUUAUUGAUAAACAGCUAUCUAUACCCGGAGGAAAGCUAUA